AUGUUUAAUUCCAAUUAUGAUGAUCCAUGUAUUGAUCGUCAUAAACGUUUUCAACGUUGUAUACCUGAUUUUAUCAAUGCAGCCUAUCAAAAACCAAUCUAUGUUUCCCCAACAUGUGGAAAUUCACCGAAAGAAUUUUGUAAUCUAUCACAAUUAAAUCAAAAUCAUCCUAAUGAUUAUUUAACUGAUAUUAAUAAUCCAAAUAAUUUAACUUGUUGGCAAUCAGAUUUAAUAAAACAAGGAGAAAAUGUUUCAUUAAUAUUAUCAUUAAAGAAAAAAUUUGAAUUAACAUAUAUUAGUUUACAAUUUUGUUCACAAAGUAAACCUGAUUCAAUGGGAAUUUAUAAGAGUAUGGAUAUGGGUUUAACAUGGAUACCAUUGCAAUAUUAUUCAAAUAAUUGUGAAGAUAUUUUUAAUAAAAGUUCUCAAGGAAUUAUAACUCGUUCAAAUGAACAAGAAGCUUUAUGUAUUGAUACAAAAUCUCAAUUAUCAUCUAUGAGUGAAUCACGUAUUGCAUUUAGUACACUUGAAGGACGUCCAUCAGCAUAUGAAUUUGAUUCAAGUCCUGUUCUACAAGAUUGGGUAACUGCAACAGAUAUUAAAAUUGUUCUAUUAUCACCACAUAUUGAUAUGAAUUCUUAUUCUGUUGCUGAUUUUGCUGUUGGUGGAAGAUGUAAAUGUAAUGGACAUGCAUCAAAAUGUAUUCCAAAUAGUGAUGGUCGUUCAGUAUGUGAUUGUAAACAUAAUACGGCAGGCGAUGAAUGUGAACGAUGUAAAGACUUUCAUUAUGAUCGACCAUGGGCUCGUGCAACACAACGUGAUGCAAAUGAAUGUGUUGCAUGCAAUUGUAACAAUCAUUCUCGACAAUGUCGUUUCAAUAAAGAACUCUAUCUUUUAUCGGGUCGAAAAUCAGGUGGAAUUUGUAUUCAAUGCAAACAUAAUACAGUUGGACGAUAUUGUAGUUAUUGCAAAGAAACAUUUUAUCGUGAUCCAAAUUUACCAAUAACACAUCCAGAAAUUUGUAAAGCAUGUAAUUGUCAUCCGGUGGGUUCGCGAGGUAAAGUUUGCAAUCAAACAAGUGGACAAUGUCCAUGUAAAGAUGGUGUAUCUGGUUUAAGAUGUGAUCGUUGUCUAAAAGGUUAUCAACAAACGAAAUCACCUAUUGCACCAUGUAUAAAAAAACUUAAACUUCAAUCAUAUAAUAUUUAUAAUGAAAAUGAUAAUACGAACAGUUAUCAUGAACAAGAUGAUGAAGAUGUAUACACUUCAGCAAUGACAACAACAACCACUACCACCACCGCUCUCAUAACAACAGCAAAUCAACCAGGAAUAACAGAAUAUAAUCCAUCGAUCGAUAUGGGACAAUAUUGUGGUGCAUGUCGAUAUUAUAGUCGUCGUUUACAUGUUAAAAAAUAUUGUAAACGAGAUUACACUAUUCAUGCACGUGUAACUAAUCGACAUGAUGCUGGUCAAUGGGUAUCUUAUUUAUUAACAAUUGUUCGAGUCUAUAAAGAUCGUCUUAAUCGUAUUCAAGAAAGUGAACAGUGGGUAUGGGUAUCACGUAAAGAUGUUCAAUGUUCAUGUCCACGUUUAAAACUUGAUAAACAAUAUUUAUUAAUGGGUUUUUAUGAUCAAAUGCAAACAUCAUUAAGUCUUGAUCGUACAUCAGUUGUAAUUGAAUGGAGACCACGUAUGGAACAACGUAUGAAUCGUUUUCGAAGAUAUGAAUUAAAUAAAAAAUGUUAA